CAGACGCUGCAGGUUUUGCACCCUGCUUGUGUUUCAGCUCUUGUGACUCUGACAGCCGUUAUUCUUGAGCGGAUUUGCCAUUUCUAUUAUUUAAGACCUACGUAGUGUCGUGGAGACGUAUCCGAAAAGGGUUUCAGUGAUAAAUAUAAAAAAACGAACCCAAAAUUAUUUGGAUUAACGGUACCUUUAGCUGCGUUGCUAGGCUACGCUAAGCUAAUCAAAAAUAGUUAGCUGUCAGUGAGCUAGCGCGGUUAGUAAUGACCCUUACUGUAUGUUAAGAGACUCUGCUUUUGACUGUGUUUGUGUUUAGGGAAUAUUCUAGGUGUCUGUAGUGCUUAAUAAUGGACAACCAUCAGUACGGAAGAGACAACAAACCGCCACGGAAAAGGGCUUUGGGUGGAGCUGCACCCAACACGAGCUGGGGAGGUGAAGACACGGAGAAAAAGCCCAAGUUUCCCUUAAACAUCAGAACACUUACCGAUGACGUGCGGGACCGAUUUGCAAGUAUUCGCAUCCCAGGCAGUAAGAAAGAGAGAACACAGCUUGCCCACAUGACCAAGCAGUCUUCCUAUGACUGGUCCAACUCGUCCGAGGUUGAGGACCUGUCCUCCAGGAUCACUUCAGAGAAGGAGAUUCUUGCUCUCUUCGAGAAAAUGAUGGAGGAUAUGAACUUGAAUGAAGAUAAGAGAGCUCCACUGCGAGAGAAGGACCUGAGCAAAAAGAAAGAGAUGGUCCUUCAGUAUAUUGUUACAGCGGCGAAAACUGGCAGUCUGAAGAGCAGUCAUCAGAUCUCUCCUCAGGAGUUUCUCAGCGAACUGAAAAGUGGAGCGACUGAUGAGAGGCUGUUUGCCUGCCUGGAUUCCCUCAGAGUCUCUCUCACCAGCAAUCCAGUCAGCUGGGUGCAGAGUUUCGGUCACGAAGGCCUCGGACUCCUGCUGGACAUACUGGAGAGGCUCCUUUACAAAAAACACCAAGACAAGGUUGAUAAGCGGAGUCAGCACAAAGUCAUCCAGUGCCUAAAGGCUUUCAUGAACAACAAGUAUGGACUGGAGCGGAUCCUCGGGGAAGAGAAGAGCUUGGCACUGCUGGCCCGAGCAAUGGAUCCUCAUCAAUCUGCCAUGAUGACGGACGUCGUCAAGCUGCUCUCUGCCAUCUGCAUAGUCGGAGAAGAAAACACCAUGGAGAAGGUGCUCGAAGCUAUCACCAGUGCGGGAGAGAGGAAGGAGACCAGUCGCUUCAGCCCUAUAGUCCAGGGUCUCACCGACCGCUCAGUCCAGCUCCAGGUGGCUUGUAUGCAGCUCAUCAACGCUCUCGUUACCUCUCCUGAUGAGCUGGACUUCAGGCUGCACAUCCGAAAUGAGUUCAUGCGCUGCGGCCUGCGAGAGAUAUUGCCGACUCUGGGUGCUAUCAGAAAUGAGGCUCUGGACAUCCAGCUGAAGGUGUUUGAGGAGCAUAAAGAGGAGGACAUGAUGGAGUUUUCCCACCGCCUGGAGGACAUUAAGAGCGAAUUUGAUGAUGUGGGAGACGUGUUUAACACGGUGUACGGCUUGGUGAAGGACACCGCUGCCGAGGUGCAUCUACUCUCCAUCCUGCAGCAUCUCAUGCUCAUCAGGAACGACUAUUUUGUACGGCCACAAUACUUUAAAAUCAUCGAGGAGUGCGUGUCUCAGAUCGUACUGCAUCGCAGUGGGACAGACCCGGAUUUCUCCUACCGCAAGCGCCUGGACGUGGACUUCUCUCACCUUCUAGAGGUGUGUGUGGAUAAAGCGCGGGCCGAUGAAUACGAGCAGAGGGCUUUGGAGUUGGCGCAGAAGUUUGAUGAAGAGAUCAUGGGGAGACAGGACGCCUUGGCCCAGCUCCUGAAGAAGGAGGAGAAAAUCAAUGAGCUGGAGGCAGAGGUGCAGGCCUUUAGAACACAGUUUGGGACAGCUCCAGCGGGCAUACCUACAGCGGGCAUACCUAGUGGUUCCUCAUGUCCCCCAGGACCCCCUCAUCCACCACCUGUUCCAGGGGUUCCACCUUCCCCUCCUCCUCUACCUUCUAUGUCAGGUUGUGCAUCCAUGCCCGGUGUACCUCCUCCUCCUCCUCCUCCUCCUUUUGGUGCUCCUCCUCCCCCGCCUCCUCCAGGGGGUUUUAUGUCCUCUCCCACCCGCCAUGUGCUGCCGUUCGGCCUUCAGCCCAAGAAAGAGUUCAAGCCUGAGACCAUCAUGAAGCGCCUCAACUGGUCCAAGAUCCAGCCACAGAAAAUGACAGAGAGCUGUUUUUGGGUUUUAGCCAAAGAGGACCGCUAUAUGGAUCAGGAUCUCCUCGGCCGCCUGGCUCUCACCUUCGGCUCUCGUGGCCCCGCCCGACGGGAUGAUGAGGAGCUCGAGGAGAAGAAAUUCAUUAAGAAGAGAAUCAAAGAGCUGAAAGUCCUGGAUCCAAAGAUCGCCCAGAACUUGUCCAUUUUCCUGGGUUCCUUCCGUCUGCCUUAUGAAGAGAUCAGGAGGAUGAUUGUAGAGGUUGACGAGGAGCAGCUAACAGAACCCAUGAUCCAGAACCUGGUGAAGCACCUUCCUGAGCAGGAGCAUCUGAACGCACUGGCCAAAUAUAAACACGAGUAUGCCAGUCUGUCCGAACCUGAACAGUUUGGGGUUGUGAUGAGCGUUGUAAAAUGUCUGCGGCCGAGGCUCAACUCCAUCCUGUUUAAGCUGCAGUUUGAAGAGCAGGUGAGUCACCUGAAGCCAGACAUGCUGGCGGUGAGCGCGGCGUGCGAGGACGUGAGGAAGAGCAAGGCCUUCAGCAACCUGCUGGAGCUCGUGCUGCUCAUGGGUAACUACAUGAAUGCUGGCUCUCGCAACGCCCAGUCCUACGGCUUUGACCUCAGCUCCCUCUGUAAGUUAAAAGACACCAAGUCGGCCGAUCAGAUCUCCACGCUGCUUCACUUCCUAGCUGAGGUGUGUGAGGAGAAAUUCCCAGACGUUCUCAAAUUCGUCGACGAAUUUCAACACGUGGACCGAGCCAGCAGAGUCUCGGCGGAGAACCUGGAGAAGAGUUUGAAGCAGAUGGAGAAGCAGCUGCUGCAGCUGGAGAAAGAUCUGGACACCUUCAGCUCUCCUGACAACCGAGAUGACAUGUUCCACCGCAAGAUGGCCAGCUUUGCCACUCACGCGAGGGAGCAGUACCAGAAACUGGUCGUCAUGCACAGCAACAUGAGCACGCUGUUCCAGAACAUGUUGGAGUACUUCGCCAUCGACCCCAAGAAGACGUCCGUGGAGGAGCUCUUCACAGACCUGAGUAACUUCAGAGCCAUGUUUGUGCAAGCGGUGAAGGAGAACGGGAAGAGGCGGGAGGCGGAGGAGAAGCAGAGGAGAGCAAGGGCUGCGAAAGAGAAGGCCGAGCGCGAGAAGCAGGAACGGCAGCAGAGGAAGAAGAGGUUGCUGGAGGUCAACGCAGAAAACGAUCAGACCGGAGUGAUGGACAGUCUGCUCGAAGCGCUGCAAUCUGGAGAUGCCUUCAGAGGGCGAAGGAAGAGAGCACCUAGGCCCCGAGAUGAAGCAACUCAAAUGGUCAACCAAAGGCCAGUUCUGAAAGACUGCAACCAUGAAAACACAAAGGUACCUCUGCAAAGGUCACGGUCCCGGCAGAAUAUCAAUUUCAGCUCGGCGCGAACCCCUACUUCCAAGGAGGCUCAUUACGAGAUGGAGGCCCAUUCAUCUGCGGCGAGAAGAGUAGCCCACCGCCCGGAGAGGGAGCCGGAGAAGGAGCGAGCGAGAGAGUUUGACGGCGGGAAGGAGCGCACUCCUCCCAGAUCCUCAGCGAACGGGGAGACGGACGUAGAGGCUCUCCUAGCCCGGCUCCGAGCCCUGUGACAACCUCAACCUCACCUCCGUUACCCAACGCUCUUUAAACCUCUGCAAACAUUAAGAGUGGCCCUCGCUUUAAAGGCAACAGCACAGAAACAGAGAAAAAGUCUUAACUAUUAACUUCUGCGAUGUAUUUGUUUAAGCAUAGACAUUUUUUAAGGUUGAGAACAGCUCCAAUUUUGCACUUCUCAGAAAGCGUAAAAGCCGAAGAGUGUUCGUAGAGAGGUUUGUCCGUGUAAAAUGAUUCUCUACGACGCAGCGGUACAGUGCUGCCAAAUUGUUUUUGUUUUGUUUUUUCCGCAGAAAACGGCGUUUAAAUGCUACAGCACCUUACGUACACUUUGAAUAUGUUCUUCCUUCUAUGCAAACUCAUUAAGUGUCUUUUUUUCCAACAUAGUUAUCGAGUCGUGUUAUUUUCUUUGAAAUUGUUUAAACUUAAGGUGUCCAGGUCCAGCCGUGUAAGUAGUGAUAGCAGGCUCAGCUUUGCAGUAUAUCGAGUACAAUUAUGCGUGACGUAUAUCAGCGUUGUAUAUUAGGGGGGG